CUCAGGGCACGCAUGCGCCAGACGCUUUCAGCGCGUGCGCACUGAGGAGCCAUUCUUCCUCCUCUUCACUCUCUCUGCCUUGUGCGCGCGCCGCUCGGGACAGACGUUAGGCCGCCCUCGGAUUGGCUGGUUCCGUUAAAUCGCCCCCCGUCAAGGCUCGCGACGAGGACGACGGUUGCGGCCCAGCGUUCUGCGCAGGCGCAGUAGGCCCUCGCUCGCUGGUUCCGAAGGGGGCCUCCGCCGCCGCUCCUGUGAGGAAACCGCCAUCAUGAGCGUGGAGGCGUACGGGCCCAGCUCCCAGACGCUGACCUUCCUGGACACCGAGGAGGCCGAGCUCCUGGGCGCCGACACCCAGGGCUCCGAGUUCGAGUUCACCGAUUUCACUUUGCCCAGCCAGACCCAGACGCCGCCCGGAGGAGCAGGAACCGCCGGAGGCUCCGGAAGCAGCGGCAGCGCCGCCGCCAACAACGCCGGAGCCGGAGGGGCGGGGAGCGGGCCAGCCUCAGCCGCUGCUGCUGCUCAAGGGAGCCCCGUCGGAGCCGGGGUCGGGCCGCCCUCCGUCGGCGUCUCUGGGCAACUCGAGGCCCAGGUGAACGGGCCUGAUGGCAUCCCCAGAAUGGGCGUGGAUGACAGCGCUCAGACGACCGCCCAGCCCUCUGCAGAACUCAAUUUGAGGAGGCUGAGGAAACACCUUACCACAAGACCUCCCUCUACUGGGCACUCCCAUGAUCCAGCUGGUGGCUACUGUAACACCAGCAAAAGUGGUUCUGCAUGGGCCGUGGGAAUACACUGCAGAAUGCAGAGUGCCCUCAAACAUUUGCGGUGGAGAAACUCUGUGUCCUGGCUACAACCGUCACAAGCUUCUGGUCUGGAGGUGGAAGAUGUCAUUAUCAAUGUCAGUGCCAAAGCGCUGUCACGGCACAAGGGCUACCUGACCUUAACAAUCUCAGGUGUAGCCUGUAAAACAGUCUUGCAGCGUCCCCUUGACCUUUAG